AUGUCUGCUUUACCUCCCUUUAAUCACUCUUUCGUGCCCAAAUAUACCACUCCACCCAACGAGGGGUGGAAGCUUGGUGAAAAGGCUGGGGCUCAGGCUUCUGCCAAGCAAUGGCUCGAAGAAGGCAAAAAGGCAGGAUGGAAAGUGAUCGACCCUUCCACGAUGAGCCCACUCGAGGCGUACGCACUAAUGAUCAGUGGGGUCAUUCCCCGUCCUGUUGGCUUCGUAUCCUCCGUCUCUGACUCAGGAGUGGAGAACCUUGCCCCCUUUAGUUUCUUCAACAUGAUCGCCGGGUAUCCAGCCACCGUCAUCCUCUGUCUUACCAACUAUCCUCGAGUAAAGGACACUGCGCUGAACAUCGCAACAUCAAAACAGUUCACGGUCAAUAUCAUCAGCGAAGCCUUUCUGGAGAACGCCAAUAUCGGAGCGCUGGACGCACCGGGGGAGAUUAGCGAGUGGGACCUGAGUGGACUGACGAAGGAGAAGAGUGUGUAUGUGAAGGCACCACGUGUACACGAGAGCGCGUUCAGCAUGGAGUGUGAGCUUGCGCAAUCUGUCGACAUCACCCCUCCCGGAACACCGCGCCCGAUCAACACGCUCUUCAUUGCUACCGUCAAGUACAUCCACGUGCGAAAUGAUGUGCUCACCGAGCGCGGGGUUGUCGACCCCAACAAGCUCAGGCCCAUCGCAAGGCUCGGCGAUAUCACAUAUGCCAGAAUGGGGGAUACGUUCCGCCUGCCGAGAUAUAUGUGGACGGACAAGAAGGAUGAGGUUGAGGAGUUCUUGAAAGCUCGGAAAGAGCAGGAAGCAACAGUUGAACAGCAGCAAACGACAACUGAGGAUUAACAAACGGCAAGCGAGGAGCAGUAAACCACGAGUGAAUGAAUGACAGCAAACCACAAGUGAGGCACAACACACGGUAAGUGAGGAAGGAGUGAAUG